CCGAGAGUUUCUACAACUAGCACAUCAUGGACUUGAUAAAGACGCCAAAGGUUGACAAUGUCAAGUUGGUUGAACGCUACAAAGCGCGACAGUCUUCAGCGGGCACACUUUAUCUGACUACCACACAUCUCAUCUUUGUGGAUGCUGCUGGGAAACGGGAAGUAUGGAUUUUACAUAUGCACAUAGCAGCUAUUGAUCGGCUGCCAUUGACGACAGGUGGAUCACCUUUACAGUUGCGAUGUAAAGACUUCCGCUGUGUGACGUUUGUUAUACCUAAAGAUAGAGAAUGUCAGGACAUAUACGAAUCACUGGUGAAUCUCUCCCGUCCAGCAAGUAUAGAUGCAUUAUAUGCUUUCCACUUCUCUCUGCCGACGGUGCAGAAGUCGUAUGGAUGGGACAUGUAUGACACACAGACUGAGUACUUAAGGAUGGGAAUUCCUAAUGAGUUGUGGGUACUCACAAAUAUGAACAAGGAGUAUGAGUUGUGCGACACGUACCCCAGAGAUCUUUAUGUUCCUGUCACAGCCACCACACCUAUCCUGGUAGGCAGCUCCAAGUUCAGAAGUAGAGGACGAUUACCAGCUCUCUCCUACCUACAUCGAGACAAUCAGGCGGCUAUAUGUCGAUGUAGCCAGCCACUCUCUGGCUUUAGUGCACGAUGUGUUGAAGAUGAACAGAUGCUCCAUGCGAUUUUGAGGGCAAAUCCAUCCUCUAAGUUCCUGUAUGUUGUGGAUACACGACCUAAGAUCAACGCUAUGGCAAAUAAGGCUGCCGGGAAGGGUUACGAGAAUGAGAACUUUUACUCCGACAUCAAGUUCCAGUUUUUGGGCAUUGAAAACAUUCACGUGAUGAGGAAUGGUUUACAGAAAUUAAUAGAUGUUUGUGAGCUAAAGAAUCCAUCAAUGAAUUCAUUCCUUUCAAGUAUAGAGGCUAGUGGAUGGCUGAAACACAUCAAAUCUGUCAUCGAUACCUCUGUGUUUAUCGUCAAUGCGGUACGUAACGGCAUCAGUGUUCUAGUGCACUGUUCAGAUGGAUGGGAUAGAACAGCUCAGACUUGCUCUCUCGCUUCCCUGAUGUUGGAUCCAUAUUAUCGCACUAUACAAGGCUUCCAGGCUCUGAUUGAAAAGGAAUGGUUGUCCUUUGGCCACAAAUUCACGGACAGGUGUGGGUUCCUCGGAACAGGUGAUCCAAAGGAAGUGUCACCAGUCUUCACCCAGUUCAUUGAGUGUGUGUGGCAGAUCAUGCAGCAGUUUCCAUGUGCUUUCCAAUUCAAUGAGCGCUUUCUCAUCACCAUACAUGACCACUCAUUCUCCUGUCAGUUUGGUACAUUUAUAGGCAACUGUGAAAAAGACCGCAUAGAUUUAAGACUGUCAGAAAGGACAUACUCUCUGUGGGGUUACAUCUCACGACAUAUGACAGAGUUUCUAAACCCUCUGUAUAAGAAGGAAUAUGAAAUACAACACCCUGUGGUUGUACCAGAUACAAGUCCUCAGUGUGUGAGGUUUUGGAAAGGGAUGUACAAUCGUUAUGAGACUGGAAUCCAUUCAAGGGAACACAUAACUGACAUCCUAGGGGCAGCAAAGGACCACAGUGACUCACUGGAGGAUCACAUCAGGCUCCUGGAGAAGAGAAUUACCCAGAUCUGCAAAGUUUUGGGGAAAUCUGAAGAAACAAUACAGAAAAAACUGGAUGGGUUCUUGUCAAUGGAGUCUCUAGAUGGCUAUCUGGCUGGUCACAUAGAAGGGCCUCCUCCACAAAAGGUGUCCAAGAAUCAGGCAAUAAAUGGGUCCUUACAGACAUCGCCUGAUAACUCUCCACAACGCUCAGACGAUUCAACACAACAGUCAGAUGGAUCACCACACAAAGACCAGAAGGACAAGAUGAACCACAUCAUGAGCGACCAUGAGUCAGGGUUCGAUGAGGUCAGCUCAACCAUGUCACAGUCAGGCGUGGACGAGGUCGCCUCCCAGAUGUCAAAGUCAGGUAUAGAGGAGGGCGUGGGUACCAUGGAGUCAAGCAUGCUGUCUGGGGGUACUGAGACUCUUUCUCUGGACCAGCUCCUCUUGGAGCUUCAAAGCGUGGCUGUUGACUGGAAGUCCUUUCGCCAUGUCCACACCUGCACGUGCGCUACCCCCUUUGAUUGCUUCACUAAAAAGUUUCACUGUUGGAAGUGUGGUGAGGUAUUUUGUAUGAGAUGUAUAGCUAAGAGUAUCCCUCUGCCUGGUCAUUACUCUCGCCGACCAGUCCCUGUCUGCCGACCCUGCUACAAGGAGGUACGACAUUCACCGUCAAUGGAGUUUCCACCAGGAUACACACCCCCUACCAACUCUAGCUGAUGAAGGGAGAUAACUGUUGUGACUUAAUCUAGCAUAGCUGAAGAUGACAAGUGCUGUUGUGAUGUUGUGUAGAUAUGUCAUUGUUUUGUAACCUCUCACACAUAAUAUCUCAAAUCACAUUGCCCAUUCAAAAAGACUGGAACAUUCCAUUGUAGAUUUAGGUAAGAACAGGUGUAUUCUGUGUUAUAUAGACUUAGGGCCUUGAAGAAUAUGGACCCCGUUUUGCUGCAUGAUCAAAAAAGCUUUUGCAAUUUCUAUAAUGUUGUACAGUGAUUUUAUUUGAACUGUUCAGCCUACAGCCAUUAUAAUAGUCUCAAGAGAUUUGUCACAAGAUAUCGCGCGUGUGGAAGUUGUUACCAUAGUGACAUGUUUCUGGAGAAAGGCAACCAGGAUUCCUCUUGGUGACCCUUGUCAUCAUUUCAGCUUGCCUUGAGAUACUCCAUACAAUGUGUUAGUAAUGACAGACUCAGAAAUGGCUUGAAAGCGGAUCAUGCAUGUAUAUAGAAUACUCAAAUAUUUAUCUACUUGAGGAUGCAACUUGUUGAGAUAAAGCAGGAGGUGAAAAAGAAAGUGAGAAAUUGAGGAUGUAAACUCACUGAUUUUGUGAUAUUGACAUACCAUAUGUAUGCUGCCACUUAAUGUACUACAACCAGUAAGCUUGGCAGUUAUUAUUGGAUAUAGGAGUACUUGUAAAUGUUGUAGCAUGGCAUUAGUUAUCAGAAUAUACAGGGAGAUCUUGUAAAUGCCGAUGAACGGCAUUAAUUGUCAGGAUAUGCAGGGAGAUCUUGUUAAUGUCGAAUAACGGCAUUAGUUUUCAGGAUAUACAGGGAGGUAUUGUAAAUGUCAUGAUAGAAUCAAAGUUAUCGGAUAAUCUAUUUAUUUAUCUAUAUGCUGUGUCAGUUGCUGCAGCCACCAGUUUGCUAUAGAGUGAGGGAUAUUGUUGAUGUUUGUUGACCAAUGUCGCCCUCUUAAAUGACCAACUGUACUGACUUGUCCAAUGUAAGGGAAGCUCGGUCCCAAGAGACUUUCUGAAACAAAGUAAAAAACUGAACUGGAAAACUUUAAGAGCCAUUAUUGGUAAUAUUUUAUUUGAUAAAGAAACAAGAAUUGCUAUGGUUACCCUUUCUUUUGGCUUUAACCGUCUUGAUAAUUUUUUUUAUUUAAUCUGUGAUGGGUGAUUUUUUUUUUUUUACAUUUUUAACUUCUUAAUUACAAUAGAAUGGAUCAUGUUCAUGAGUGAUGUUUUGUGGAGGAAAAAGAAAAGGAGGUGGGUGGGGUGAAUGGCUGGAGGAUACAAGCUUGGCUGAUUUGUACUGGCUUUAGAUACAAUAGAGGACAAGAAAUAUAACUGGUACAAGACAAUAUCAGUGGUUUCAAGGGAGGCCUGGAAUUAAAUUGCAUUAACCUUAUUGCCCUUUUUAGAUGUAUAGAAAUGAUGGGUUUGUUUUGUUUAUUAUGUCUGAGGUAUUUCCAUGUCUAGGUAAUCAUUUAUAUAGAGUUUAGUAAAGAGAUUAAAAAAAUAAAAUACUCGUCUUCACCCAAGUAAUUUCAAAGCUUUCUUUCCUAAAUUUACCAGAAAAAUUAUGCUACUGCUGUUUUCAUGUUCAUAAAAAUCUUGUCUACUUGGUAUUUUCAAACCUGAAAGAGGGACUGAAACAUGUCUUGCAUUUUAGUUCCUUUGUUUCAGUAGUGAAUAACUGGGGUUUUGGUCUGUUCCUGUGUUUACAUUUAAAACAACAAAUAACAAAGUAUGUAUUUUAUCUUUCACAUUAGCUUUGGGUCUUGAUAAAGACGUUUUAAAGAUUUUAACCCCAGUGUCAAGUCAGCCAUUUUUGAAAAACGAAGUUGUGCUUCCUAAGGUUAUCUGCUUUAAGAGGCAAUUAAUGUCAGUGAGAAAAUAUUCUCACAAAAAAUAAUUCCUUUAUGAUAUAUAAACUUUAUUUAUUUUACAACAAUUACGAAACAUGUUAUUUCAACUUAUGCUAAUCACUCUUGUUGGCCGGGAUGUUAGCGCGGGAGGGGUCUUCUUGUGGGAGGAAACCGGAGUACCCGGGGAAAACCAACGUGGUCGGACAGGUGACCCGUUACCUUUACAUGUCCUUUCCGGGAAUCGAACCCCGGUCGGCUAGGUGAAAGGCGAGUGCGUUACCACUGCGCCACCCGACCACCUUUAUGAUACCAUAAAACAAGUGGUCCCCUGUGAUGGUAAAGAUCAGAACUGUUUCCAUUCGGAAAACAUUUACAUGCUCUUCAUGUCACUGGUUUAUAUUAGGUUGGUAGCUUUAUCUAAAGACUUGAGAGUGAAAAUUGGGCAUUUACCUUCUCCUUAAACCUCUGAGUGACUAGUAAAGUGAACACAUUUUCUAACAUUCUCUACCUUGGGAGAACACUUCCCUGUUCAUGUUGUUUCACGUUAAUUAUAUGUCCGAUGCCUUUGAAGUAUUAUUUAAUUGUAACUUGUUUUGUUAUUUUGUCAGCUCGUUGUAUGCAAUGCAAUUAAUUUUGUAUGAAAUAUCUAUGUUUAAUUUAUAAUCUUAUGUCAAGGUCAUGACCUUACUUCAAUAUAUAAAAGUAUGCAUGUUUUUACAAAGGAUACAGUUUUUCAGGAUCUUGACAAAGGUCGUUACAUUUAAGUAAUGUGUGAAGAUACUACACAAGAUAUAAAACACAUUUGACCUAGUUAAUGUUACUGUUGUUAAUGACCUUUGAUCCUUUGUAUUGUUACCUGUGUCAUGAACUUUGAACCCAGGUAUUGUUAUCUAGUCCUGCCCUUCAAUUUCUGUGAUGUGAAUUUAGUGGCGCUCCUUAAACUAUUGACAAAGUUGAUGUGGAUUAAAGGUAGGAUGAGGUUCCAGGCAAUUUGAAAUGAUUCUUGAUUACAGUAGCAAUCUCAUUGUCUCCACAAAGAGGUCAGCCUUUGUUAUGGUGGACUUGCUUCACUCUACAGUACAUAUGUUGUAUCAUGAUUGUGCCAUACCAUUAGAUUGAUGUUCUAUAAGAGAAAACACAUAUCACCACUUAAUUGAUAGUUAUAUAUAUAUAUAUAUAUAUAUAUAGCAUAUUACGUAGAUAUUGAAAUACAUGUAUAGGUAUUCUUCAUUUUACACUAGUUGCUAAUUCAUCUAAACCACAAAAAAAAAAAAUUCUUACGUAUUGAUUAUUUUUUUUUAUUAUUUGCGGUUUUGUUUUAUUUUUAUUUGGGUAAAAACAUCAUAAUUUUUAAAUCAUCUUGCCAAAAGUUUUGUCAUCAAUGAGGGAUGUGUUUUAUAAUCAUGAUUCACACAGUGUACAGAAUUGUAAGUACAGGAUGAACAAUUUCACUUUUCCAUUGAAGUGAGUUUUUAUUUUAUUCUAUGAAAAGCUGUACAAGUCAUUAUAUUGUUGGUGGUCUGACAUUAAAAAUAUUUUGUUUCUCAUAUAAACGAGUCGUAGCAGAGGCCAACUUUGAUUGCAAAUAGAUCGUGAUUUGCACGAUGGCUACCAAUAAGUAUAUGCAAAUUAUUAUAUUUAUUUCCUAGAAUACAAUGGGAAGAUCUUAUUUGAUUUGUGAGUUUCUAUUGCUUGUUAAUUUGGAGACUGAUAGACAGAAGAAAAUAUUACCACCUGAUUCCUCGGCUGUCAAUGUAGCAGAAAACAAAUAGGAAAGAGAAGGGAUAAAACAAACUUGAUGUAGAACCAACAAACACUACAAUGAUAGGCACGAUCUCUUUUAGAUUCUCAGGUUUUUGUGAUGGAACCAAUGAUUCAACAGAUUUACAAAGUCCCAGUCAGUAUUUGUACAUCUUCCAAAACCACCCUGUAUAUAACUCACAAGGUCAUGUACAAUCUCUCAAGGUCACUCCAAAUGUCUCACAGGGUGGUUCUUAUUGACUGUUGAAAGAAGCGUUAUGAAGGAAAUAUUUGUUUUAUUUAUUAAAUUGUACACUUUAUAACAUGUUUUGAUAGUUUGACCUUUGACCUUACUGAUCAUCAAGGUUCUGACUGGCUACUCCAUUAAACAACUUGUGCAAUAUUAUCGUCCUUUUUUUUUUUAUUUUGAAUUAGAAGCAUAUAAACAUAAGAAGUUUUACUAUGUUGCUUGUUUAAAAAUGAUUUAAAGCUGAGUUAACUUUGUCAGAUAUAUAAGUCUAUUAAUGAAAUUAUCUAGUUACAUCUCCCCCAUUUAUGUUAGCUUACAUACAUUAAAGUGUAUAUACUAUAAAUACAAAAAGCAGACUUGUUUGUUGGAUGUUUUCACCCCACACAGAAUAUUAUAAAUGAUGAUAACAACAAACAACUCAGCUAUAAACUUAAUCAUUAAUUUUGUAAGUUUUUUGAAAAUAAAGAAUACAUGGUCAGUGUCUUGAAAUAUAUUUUUGCAAGGGUUAAGAGUGGCGAGUCCCUGGCAAAAAACUUUUGUCUUUUUGUGCCAAGCCAAAAUGCAACUUAUAUUUCAAGACACUCUUCAUGUAUUCUAUUUAUCCUGCAACAUGCAUCGAAAAUUCAGGCUGUCAAAAUGUAGACAGUUUAUUGGAUAACCUGAUGUUGAAAUUAUGUGGAGUUUUGUUUUAUGACGUACAGCAAAAUAAUUGCUCUGCAUGGAAACAUAUAAGAGUGGUUCAAAACAUUUUGUGAACUUUUGAAAAUAGGUUUGUUUUUUACAACAUACAUAAAUAGUUAUUAUACUUUCAUUUAAUUUUAAAGUAAAUUUAGAGAGUAAGAUUGUCAAAUUAAUGUACACGCUAAAUAACAGCUAUUUUCCGGCAUUACCGACUCCAGCAAAACUAUGUGGCAGAUGUAGUCUAACAAUUGUAGUGCUGUCGCAGGAUAAAUAUAUGAACAAUAAUCACAGUAGUAUUUACUGAUUGUGUAAUUAUGGUCAGAACCAUCAUACUAAACUAUAUGCUUUGACAAUAAUUACAAACCAAGUUAUCAGCUUGUGUUAAUCUUAAUGACUUAGAAAGAAGUGGUGAGUUGAAGUCUAAAACAUUUUGGGGUCUGCGGCCACCUUAAUAUCAGUGCAUUGUUCUCUAUGUGUCAUGACUGCUUGAGGUUGUCGUAGUGUCAAACAUCUUACUUUUUGUACUGAAUCAACAGCUCAGUGUAUGUCUGACUUCCUGUACAAGAGAAAAUCAUUCUAAUCUAGUAAUAUUACAACCGAACAAUUAAUCUGUAUCAAUGUUGUUCACUGCUGGCUGGCAUUAGUUAUCAUGUAAAUGUUCAGUCUCUUGUUCUUGUUCAGGAACAUAGCCAACACUGUUUGAUCAGCCUGAAUUCUUCCACUUUCUUAAUGAGGGAAUUUUUUUUUUUUGGCAAUGAUGCUGACUUGUGCCCAGUAGAGUUGAUUUUGUGGCUAAUGGUUUGUAGUGUUUGCCAGUGAUAGGUAAAUCUCCAAAAUGACGGCUUAGAUUCAAUGACGCACUUUCAUUUCUCCCUUUUCAUGGACCCCAUAUUAACAAUCUGUUGAUCCUACAAGAUUUUCUCAAAAUAAAUUUAGAUUAAGAGAAUGCUUAUCAUGUGCUAUUUGUUCAAUUUUUGAAUAAAUCUAUCGAGAUUUGCAAGUUAACACUGCCCCCCCCCCCUUCCCCCCACUACUCUUCCCCUCCUCUAAAUAAAACAUAUGAAAUAGAGGUGCCCUAUAUACUGUCAUGUAAAUUGGAUGUAUUCACACUCUUUAUGAUUUUCAACGGGUCUAGUUUCAGUCGCUGGUUAAACGUUUGUUUUAGCGAUGAUUUCAGACCAUCACUCUGGAUAAACAUCAGUCAUGUGUCACGUCAUAUCUGUGAUUUGGUGACAGACAGCAGUGAAUAUCACUGAAGAUGAAGACAAAAUUAUUUGGUCGUGAUAUGCCACUCCAAACUGUUAGUUCUUGUCUGUGAAUCAUAUUUGUAUUAUUCACCAGAGUUGGGUUGAUUUGAGCUUAAAACUUGUGGCAACAUCUCAUUGUAUAUAAUUAUUGAUUGAUGUUCCUGCAGGCGAGACUAAAACCAUGCUGUAUAUAUACACACAUAGAUCACUUCAUCUGCUGGUGCUUUUUGUUGGACUGAGUGUGUCGGUGUCCCACUUGAAAAUAUUUGAAUUGUUAAUAUGUAUCUUAACUUAGGAUCGGUUGUAGAAUUCCAUUUUCCAUAAAUAGAACUUUGAGUGGUUUAAUGUUACAUAACUGGUCCUAAUGACAUUUGCUUGUUAACUUGUCGUUGUGUUUGUUACUUGUAGUUAUGCAUUAACUUUUAACACAACUACCUGUACUCAGUGUAACUGUGUACCUAACAUGUAAAAGUGUACUCGGUGACCUGUGGUACAGGUAAACCUGCACUUGAUGACCUGUUAUAUGUGUAAACUUGUACCCAGUGACCUGUGGUAUUUGUAAACUUGUACCCAGUGACCUGUGGUAUUUGUAAACUUGUACCCAGUGACAUGUGGUAUGUGUAAACUUGUACCCAGUGACCUGUGGUAUGUGUAAACUUGUACUCAAUGACUUGUGAUGUAAGUAAACCUGUACUUGGUGACCUAAAGUAUGGUAUGUCUUACCUUGUACUUUGUGACCUGUGUUACAGGUAAACUUGCUUUUGGUGACCUAUGCUACAGGUAAACCUAUUUUUGGGGACGUGUGGUAUGUGCAAACUUGCACUUGAUGACCUGUAGAAUGUGUAAACUUAUAUUUGGUGACCUAUGGUGUGUUUAACCUUGUACUCUGUGACCUGUAGCAUAGGUAAACCAGCACUUGGUUACCUGUGGUGUGUGUAAACAUGCACCUGGUGACCUUUUGUGUAACUUGUUAUCAAUGACCCAUGGAACAAGUUAACAUGUACUUGGUGACCUAUGUUAUGUGUAAACUUAUACUUGAUGACCUGUGGUACAGGUAAACUUGUACUUGGACUUGGUGACCUGUGGUACAGGUAAACUUGUACUUGAUGACCUGUGGUACAGGUAAACUUGUACUUGGUGACCUAUGUUAUGUGUAAACUUGUACUUGAUGACCUGUGGUACAGGUAAACUUGUAUUUGGUGACCUAAGGUGUAAACAUGUACUAAGUCACCUGUAGUAUGUUUGAACUUGUAUUCUGUGACCUGUGGUGGAUGAAUACUUGUACUUGAUGACCUAUGGUAAGUGUUGUAUGUUGAAAUCCAGUAAAUAGGUCAUUGUAAAGUGUAAAGGUAUUUAAUUCAUCUUUUAACAGGAACCAAAUAGAAUCUGUGGUUUGUGUAGCUUGUCUGAAGUCCAGCUGAUUUGGACACUGUGUGACACUACAUACAUUAUAAAUGUUAGUGAAGCGGUAUGUACAACACGGUUAUGUUGCUGACAUCUAUCAAUAAAAUAAGAACGGUGACAAUAA